UCCCCUCAUUUAACAAACAUCUUGACCGAACAAAAUAAAAAAAAGACCGCCAAAAUUGAUUUCCGGUUUAUUUCCGGUACUGGCUGUCUGUUUCUCGGGAAAGUGAACUUGAAAAUUGAGGGAUUUGAAGAUGACCUCGGGGAAUAGAAUGCCGACGUGGAAAGAAAGGGAGAAUAACAAGAGAAGAGAACGGAGACGGAGAGCUAUAGCGGCGAAGAUCUACUCCGGUCUGAGAAUGUACGGGAAUUAUAAGCUGCCGAAGCACUGUGAUAACAAUGAAGUUCUUAAAGCUCUUUGCAAUGAAGCUGGUUGGAUUGUCGAAGAAGACGGUACGACUUAUCGGAAGGGUUGUAGACCUGUCGAAAGGAUGGACAUUAUAGGAGGAUCUGCAUCAGCCAGUCCCUGCUCGUCCUACCACCAAAGUCCAUGUGCUUCUUACAAUCCAAGUCCUGGCUCAUCUUCUUUCCCGAGCCCUGUUUCAUCUCGUUACACUGCCAAUAUUAAUGGAAAUACUGACGCCAAUUCCCUCAUCCCAUGGCUUAAAAAUCUCUCAUCCGGCUCGUCGUCAGCUUCAUCCAAGCACCCUCAUCAUCAUUAUAUCCACACUGGUUCAAUAAGUGCGCCUGUCACCCCUCCAUUGAGCUCCCCUACUUGCCGAACUCCACGCACCAAAAAUGACUGGGACGACCCAGCUGCAGGCCCGUCAUGGGCAGGCCAGAACUAUCCAUUCCUUCCUUCGUCAAUGCCGUCUUCUACCCCACCAAGUCCAGGCCGUCAAGUCCUGCCUGAUUCUGGAUGGCUAGCUGGUAUUCAAAUUCCUCUAAGUGGACCAUCGUCGCCCACAUUUAGCCUCGUCUCAGGGAACCCGUUUGUGUUUCGAGAGGAGCCUUUAUCAGGUGCUGGUUCACGAAUGUGGACUCCUGGGCAAAGCGGGACAUGCUCGCCUGCAAUUCCUGCAGGUGUUGAUCAGACGGCAGAUGUUCCAAUGGCAGACAGUUUUGCAGCUGAGUUUGCAUUUGGCAGUAACACCUCAGGGUUAGUGAAACCUUGGGAAGGAGAGAGGAUUCACGAAGAAUGUGUAUCCGAUGAUCUUGAACUUACACUCGGAAACUCGAGCACGAGAUAGGGACCAAGGAGAAUCAAUACUAUUCCGGGAUCUCUCGAUAUGCCAUCUUCCUUUCCUAAUGUCAAUGGCUUUGUAAUGUGCAUGCUUUGAGUUGGCAUUUGGCAAGGAGUUGAGCUAGAAGUACAGUGAGUAGGAAGUCCUGUUCUUUUUUUUUCUUUAAUCUUAUUUAUUUGUAUUUUUUUCUACAGAAGAGAGAACCGAAAAUUAAAUUAUAAAUAGUUGAAAGGGAAAUGGGAUUGAAGAUGUCUAA